AUUAUUACAGCCAUGGAUCGGUUUGUUUGGUUUGUUUUAUUGGUGGUCUUCUCGCAUCUGGUCACAGAAUUCACACGUGUCACUGGUUAUUCGCGGGGCCAACGCCAUGAUGCGGUCAUGGUAAACGACUCAUCGUCAACACAACCGAUAAGAGUACAGAAUCUCCUCCAGUAUCCUGGUCAGGAAUAUGGACAGUACGCGCCGCGAAACCCAUCGUAUUACAACAACGCCAACAAUCAAUACAACAAUUACGGCAAUAAUGUCAAUGGUGCUAAUGGCAGUGGCGGCAAUGGCGGUGGCAAUAACAACAGCAACAACAACAACAAUUUCUUUAGUAAUAUGUUUAGUGGCUUAUUUAAUGCAAACGCAAAUGACAACAACAAUGACAACUAUGGUAGUGGAUAUCCUGCCAACAAUGCAUACAUUGGUGCUGGACCCAUCCAGGAAGGUGUCCGAACUGUGGGAGGGAUUAUCAGGCCCAUUAUUGAUAGCAUUUUCGAUAUACCCAUUUCAACGCUACGUGCAGUCAAUAAUUUGGUUGGACGCUUAACAGGCAGUUAUCAAAUCAAAUUGCCAUUCCAACAACAGCAGCAGCAGCAACAACAGAAUCAGCAGCAGUUCCCAACACAGCAACAACAAGUUCCUCAACAGCAAUACUCCCCCUCGCUGCCAUCUCUGCCUUCGUUUCCAUUUUUCGGAAUGCCCACCCCCACGCUGACACCCUCCACGUAUUAUGGCGGACAAAAAUCGGCAAAUGUCGAACCGAAAAGUGAAAUUGAGGUACUGAAGAGAAUUCGACAAAUCGGUAGCAACAGCAAUAGUGGAAACCAACAACAGCAGCAGCAUCAGCUGAGUCCAGCAAGCCUUUAG